CGCCGGGCCCGGCCCUUCCUUCCUGCCUCCCUCCCUCCCGCCGCCCCGGCUCCCCUUCGCUCCCUGCCGCGCCCGCACAGCAGCCGUUCCCGCAGCCCGCAGAGCCAGCAGCCAGCAUGUCCAGCAAAAGGGCCAAGACGAAGACCACCAAGAAGCGCCCCCAGCGCGCCACCUCCAACGUCUUUGCCAUGUUUGACCAGUCGCAGAUCCAGGAGUUCAAGGAGGCCUUCAACAUGAUCGACCAGAACAGGGAUGGCUUCAUUGACAAAGAGGACCUGCACGACAUGCUGGCCUCCCUCGGUAAGAACCCCACGGAUGAGUACCUGGAUGCCAUGAUGAACGAGGCCCCAGGCCCCAUCAACUUCACCAUGUUCCUCACCAUGUUCGGUGAGAAGCUGAACGGCACCGACCCCGAGGACGUCAUCAGGAACGCCUUCGCCUGCUUCGACGAGGAGGCCACAGGCUUCAUCCAGGAGGACUACCUGCGGGAGCUGCUGACCACCAUGGGCGACAGGUUCACGGAGGAGGAGGUGGACGAGCUGUACCGGGAGGCGCCCAUCGACAAGAAGGGCAACUUCAACUACAUCGAGUUCACGCGCAUCCUGAAGCACGGCGCCCGGGACAAGGACGACUGAGCCGCCCCGCGCCGCCCGCCCAGUCCUGCCUCUCUCACUCUAGUUAUCUGUUCUGAGCCACCUUAGGCACCUUCUGCACCUCUGUAAUCAGACUGGAAGUGGGGAAAAUCCUGGGGGGUGGAGAAGGGAGAGGGGACAAAGCUGCUGGCCUGCAGAGGAGCCUCAGCCUUCCUGGGGAGCUGGAUUUGGACACUUUUUGUAAGGAAAAACGUUUUGCAAUAAAGAUUUGCUAGAAACA